AUGCAACGGGCAGGAAAUACUCAAGAAAUGAAUGUUGUGGUUUUACGAAAAAGAUUAUUUUAUUCAAGAAAGCAUACAAUUUCCAGCGAAAUCGAUGAAACAUUGAAGAGAAUUAAGUCUCAUAAGGGAGUGGAAGGAAUUGUUAUUGUAAAUAGUGAAGGAAUACCUAUUAGAUCGGAUUUUAUGAAUGAUGAUGUAAAAGUAAAAUAUGCUGCCAAUAUAACACAAUUAGUUGCCAAAGCUAGAUCGGUCGUCAGAGAUCUCAAUCCUCAAAACGAUUUAACCUUCUUGAGAGUAAGAACAAAACUCCAUGAAAUUUUAAUUGCCCCAGAUAAGGAAUAUAUUUUAAUAGUUGUACAGAAUACCAACUUUGAAUAA